AUGGACGAGAGCAAACCCCAGAAGGUCCGGCUGACGUUCGCCGUGCUCCUGCUGGGCGUCUCGCUCCUCUUCGCCGCCGUGGUGACCGACCACUGGGCCGUGCUGAGCCCCAAGGUGGAGGAGUACAACGCCACCUGCGAGGCGGCUCACUUCGGGCUAUGGCGCCUCUGCAUAAAGCGGAUUUUCAUGCAGGAGCAAGGUCCCAAAGAGAAGGGCUGUGGGCCCAUAAGCCUGCCGGGAGAACACCACUGCUCCUACUUCAAGCACUUCACACCAGGAGAGAGCUCAGAGAUAUUUGAAGUAACCACCCAGAAAGAAUACAGCAUUUCAGCAGCAGCUAUUGCCAUCUUCAGCAUUGGCUUUGCAAUCAUCGGAACAAUCUGUGUCCUAUUAUCCUUUGGGAAGAAGAGGGACUAUCUGCUGAAGCCAGCCUCCAUGUUCUACACCUUUGCAGGUCUCUGCAUCAUCAUCUCUGUUGAAGUGAUGAGACAGUCGGUGAAGAGGAUGAUUGACAGCAAGGAGACAGUCUGGAUUGAGUACAGCUACUCCUGGUCCUUUGCCUGUGCCUGCUCCUCCUUCGUCCUGCUCUUCCUCUUCGGCAUCGCCCUCCUCCUGAUCGCGCUGCCUCGCUUCCCCCAGAACCCCUGGGAGACCUGCAUGGAUGCAGAACCAGAGCACUGAUCUUCCCAGCGCCCACCUAACGUGCCAGAAAGGGCUUUGAAAAGAUUUGUAUUUUUUAAAAUGUCUGGGUCUCGCUAUAGGGUGUGUGCUCCCCCAACCAAGGCA